AAGUGAUUCAACAAUUGGUAAGCAUCAGGUGCCGAUUAUUGCUUUCGCCUUUCGAGAAUUCCCAAAGGCGCAUCGUCCGCAGCGGUCGCGAUUGAUUUGAAUUCCUUAUUCGUAUGCGAGUAGUCCUAAUUAUUUCGCGUCCUUAAAGAAUUGAUGUGACACGCCAUUUUGCAUUGAGCGCGCCGUCGAGUGCAAUAUGAAUCACCGUACCGUUAUCAGUCCACAUAUGCGCCGCUCGGCUCAUUCGUGAAGGAAAAAGGCACCAGUCUGCUGUCUGCUGGGCCGGGCAAAGUCACACGUUGGCUUGAUCGAUGAGGUCGCAAGCAGGGGUUGUUUAGUCGUGACGCGGGGUAGCAGCGCCAGUCGCAGAUGUUACACAUGGAACAGCGACAGGCCGGCAGCUGCGGGGAGCGCCGCGCGGUACCAUGCGCCACCAAAACGCGCCACUCCCGCCGCAAAUUCUACUGCUGCCUGCGGGCGGACAGCGACAGCGAUGCGAGGGAGUCGCCCGAGAAGAAGCCGUCGGUUGCGGCGGUGGUGGCGAGGUCUGCGCCCGCCCAGGCUUGCGAUAUGGACUGGCAGCCGCUCUCACCGCGCUUGUUGUCUUCUUCCCCUGACAGAUCUUCCGGCUUCAGGACUGAGAGACAGAGAGUGAUGGAAGCGGGGGAUGUGCAGCCAGGGGCCCGCUGUACGGCCACGGACGCCGCGAUGUCGGAGUGUGCCCUAGCCAGAACACUUGCCGACACCACCCUGGAAACAUCGCUCGACACGGUGCAGUGGCACACACCGUCUGAAGAAGACCAGAAGCCUUCGACGGGAUGCCCCUUCUCACGACUAACCCGUGAACACAUCGAGUCACCUCUGCCGGAGGGAGAAGCGAAGACAGCGGGGGAAGGAGACGUCUCCGCCGCCGUGACCAAACCUUUCACCAGCUCCCCACACGAGAGGAAAAUGUCCAGGUCAGAACUGUUGCCGUCCGACGCGUCGAGACGGGUGAGCACAGAGUCCGGGCUAGGGCCCGACCUGCGCCGAACGAGCAGCGAGAGCGACUCGGAACCCCGGAAGGUGAGCUCGGACUCGUGGGGGGACGUCGACGCAAGUUCCGGCCGCAAACCUUUGAACCUGGCCAGCCUGGUCGAAGGAGUGGGUGCGCUGAUUAUGCCUUCGCAAAACUUCAUGACUCUGGCCCUCCGCCGUCUACUUACGUCAUGGGGUCCGGAAAAGUGGGAAGCGAUAAGCUCCAAACUAGGCCUGCAGGAUGAUGAGUGCUACUAUAACGGCAUAGAAGACACGGGCUGCACCAGGUCCUCAGCUGCUUACGACCCUCAGCUCAUCCACAACCUGAUUACCAUUGCGCCGGACAUGAUUGGAGAGGAUGCGCCCACACUGAUGAAAAACUUUGGGCGGGAGUUCUUCCGCCUGUGUGACCAGGAGUACGGCUAUAUCCUGCGCUCGCUGGGUGCCACGCUUCACGACUUCCUGAGUAACUUCGACUCUCUGCACGAACAGUUCAAAGCCCAUCCCGUCUACAGCACCAGAACGCCGCCAUCUUUGCGCUGCACCCCACGUGACGAUUGCAGCCUCGUUCUGAGCUACGCAUCUCCAUCCGGGGACUUGGAGAUGUUCAUGGCGGGACUUUUACAGGAAGCCUCUCAACAGAUGUAUAACGUGUCAGUAACCGUCUCACUUACACAGCCUUGGGACGAGAACGCUCAGCUCUGCUUGUAUAUCAUUGAACCCAGAGAGAGAAAACGCUCUAUUGGAAAGACGUACAAUAGGGCGACGGACAUGUCAAUGAAGCCAGCGGACUGUAAGAUUUCCACCCAGUUGUUUUGCCGCACCUUUCCGUUCCACUUUAUUUUUGACCGAGAACUGAAGAUACAACAACUCGGCAUCGCUCUGCAGAGAAAUCUCACAACGGCUGGCCUUGCUGGACUUAAAGUCACGAACACAUUUGAAUUUAUCAGACCCCUUAUGUCAAAAGAAGACGUCACGUUUGAAGGAAUGUUGGCACGAACGAAUCUUUUAUUCUUCUUAAGAACUUGCGUGACAUCCAAUAAGGUGGACAAUACCGUGGAGGGCACGGAGCUGAAAGGUCAGAUGAUGUACCUGAAGGAGACAGACUGCAUCCUGUUCCUGGGAUCUCCACGAGUCAACAAACUGGAAGAGAUGAUGGGCAGGGGCAUAUAUAUCUCCGACGUGCCGAUUCACGAUGCCACGCGGGAUCUGGUGCUGGUGGGGGAACAAGCUAAAGCACAGGAUGGCUUGAAGAAACGUAUGGAUAAACUACGCGCACAGCUUGAGGAGGCCCACAUCGCACUCGAGGAGGAAAAGCAGAAAAACGUCGACCUACUCUACGCCAUCUUCCCACCAGCCAUUGCGCGCAGGCUCUGGCUAGGACAGUCUGUCCCUUCGCGAAGGAUAGAGAAUGUGACCAUGCUGUUCUCUGACAUCGUGGGCUUCACGGCGAUAUGCUCGUCCUGCACGCCCAUGCAGGUCAUCAACAUGCUGAACGACUUGUACACCAGGUUCGACAUCCACUGCGGGGCUCUGGAUGUGUAUAAGGUGGAGACGAUCGGAGACGCCUACUGUGUGGCGUGCGGGCUGCACAAGACGUCUGUGACGCAUGCGCAGAGGAGCGCGUUCAUGGCCCUUAAGAUGAUGGAGUCUGCGGAACAGGUGUGCUCUCCUGACGGCACACCUAUCAGGAUGAGAAUAGGCUUGCACUCUGGUACAGUGCUAGCUGGGACCGUCGGCCAGAAGAUGCCUCGAUACUGCUUGUUUGGGAACAACGUGGCACUGGCGAACAAGUUCGAAUCCACCAGCGUUCCGUUAAAGAUCAACGUCAGCCCCACAACCUACAGUUACCUUAUCAAGUCCAAGGGUUUCCACUUCAUCCCUCGGUCCCGUGAGGAGCUGCCCGAGGGUUUCCCCUCGGACGUUCCCGGAAUCUGCUACUUCCUGGAAAAGUAUGACGUACAACCUGCUGAUGGCGUCGAGGAGGAUCUACAAGAUCCCAACCUGUACAUGCGCAGUGAGACGACUCGGCGAACCGAAGUCACCAUCCAAGUGGGGACCGAAUCACGUUCAUUGUUGUCCAAGUGAAGUACUCCUGGCCUUGGAAAGAAACAUUCUGAGCAGAUAUCAGAAAUGUUUAUGUAGUUUGGUUAGGCAACAGCACACUAGGUGUGCCAUGUCGUGAUAUGCACUAGCUGCCAAUGUACAAAACAUAGUCCGUGUGUAUAAAGGUAAAUCAAGUCACAUAUGGUGUUCUAAGGUUUAAGAGAGCGAGGCACUGAACUAAAUGCUAUAUGCACGGUUUAUGUGUUAUGGGGGUACCGUUUAUUUACUGCAAGAGGUAUUGUAAUAUAAGACAGUGUAACAGAAGGCACUAUGUAUACACCUUUGCGGUAAUGUAGCAAUAGUUAGGUGGAUCAUGAGGAUCUUCUUGAACAUCAUAACAGACAAAAUCUAGAGAAAGAACUACGAUGCAUAGUUCACGUUGCCUUACGUUUAAAGCUCCCUCUUAGAAAAAAAUGCUUUCAUAUCGAUCUUAGAAGUCAGCUCACAUAGCGCACUUUUUGAAAAUCUUCUGAUGUUUGUCUAACCGCGCCGACAUUGUUAGAUACACCGCGAUGUACAUUCUGCUUCGCGCUUUCUUCUAACGAAAACCAACCGUAUUUUAUUCCCUUUGUACCUCCCAUAGUAUGGACUUAAUCUAGCCCCGUAGCCACCAAACGCCGCUAUGAGCGCCCUGGGCGCAAUGAUAUUUUGACGUCCUUAUGAGGUAAAAUUUACUGCCCUCUAGACGGAAACAAAAUAAGUUCUUUCUUUUAUUACAGACCUAUCGUAAAUCAGCUCCUAGAUCUCUAAAGCAAAGCAGAAACUACAGUAAUUAAUCCUGUGCGGCCUAUAAAAUCGGCCAUACAUGUAUCAUGGAUGUGAUAUGAUGCUCGUAUACAUGUCAACGUUGAUUAGCUCACAACCAUUAGAAUAUGCAAUAAAAAGGUUCCCGACGUUUAUGUAUUCUUUUUAUCAUGCGACAAAGCCCAUUCACUGGAGCCUAGUCGCUAACGACCAUUUAACUGCUUCGUAUUGGACUGUUGAACGAUUUUGGCAGUUGGUGUAAUCCCAACCGUAUAUAAACCUCGAUGAAAAAUGAUGUGUCACGAACGUUUGUGUUUGAAGCGGAAGCAGUUCGUUCCUUUUGAUCUCCCGUUUAUGCAAGCUAGCGUACCUGGUAUAGAUUCUGCAUGGCGUGCAUUUUGAAGCUAUGCCUGACCUUGUAAGGUGUCUAUCAUGCAUGAUUACACAGUAUGCCCAAGUAUUGAAUCAUUUGCGUGAGUGGCUGCAACAGUGUUAUGGCAAAUAUGCAUGUCCCAGUAACCUGGGAUGUGUAAUGAAUGCUGGGGAAUGCCUGUGCAAUGCUUAUCUCUUUUUCUGGCACGACAUAAUCAUUCAUAUUUCUCCCCAGAGCGUAUAUACACCAACGACCUUGCUUCGGUUCGACGGUGACCUCUGUGACCUUCCUUUCCCGUUUGUCCUGACUAAUUUGCUGGUUGUUAGAGCCAUGUGUUCAUGGCCCGAACCAUGUUGUAACAAGGUAUUCUAAUCAGCGUACAACUUUGCUCUGCACAGCACGCGACUUCCAAACAUAUUUUUGUUGCCCCUAGAAUACGUAGAAAGCGUGAUUCUAAUUGGAAAUCCAUUUCUGAACAAGCAAUUAUAUCUAUUCGUAUGAAGUUCUACCUGUGACUGUAAAAUAUAAUAAUAUAAAGUAAAAAAAAAUAAUAAAGCGUACGUUAAGCGCACGUUAAGCACUUACCUGCAAACAUUUGAUUAGUCCUCUGAUCCUUCUCAAGUUGAAAUGACCCGAAAGACGGGGGCCGAUACCUACUUCCCGGCAUCUUUUGACCCGACGCUGACGUCACACUUCCGUUUAGAUCACGUGAUAUUAGUCAAUUUCUUUUUUUUUUACUAAAUUAGAUAAAAAAAUAUAUAUGCUAAACAAUAAGCGGCGAUGGAAAGCUCGCCGUAAAGUAGCAUCAGAGAUUUGUCAGGAACUUACAAGUUAAAAUCUGACAAAAUCAUCAUGGCUCUUUAGAAUUGUAACAACAGCGAACGAACAUGUUUUACAAUGCAAUCCUCCCCUCCAAGCAAUUUGAUACUAUGCUAGCAAGGAGUCGCCAAUACUUCUUUAUGAGACCUGAGCUUCGUUAAAUCUUCUACCAGUUGCCAUGCCAGUGCUGUGGAAGAUAACAUCAACUGAUUGUAUUCAAGACGUUUUCCUUGUUCACGAGCGCCCCCUCCUCCUAGACUCACAGAAACUGAGAAACAUCCGGGUCAGUUGCGUCCCUGGAAACCUCCCUGUUGUGUACGCUGCCCGCAUUCAAGUAUUGUAGAAUAUAGAGAAACAGUGUGCCCGUUUUAGUCUUUAUAACAUAAUCACAACAAUUGAACUAUCUCUUGAUAAAGUCCUUCAAUGAUCUAAGACACCCCACCCCCCCCGAAAAAAUGGAUAAACGCCAAAUACUAGUUACUCAAUCAUCUUAAUACGAUUUCAGAAACGGUCAUGACCGUUUCCAAAAUCAUCUAGAGUCGCUUGAGUAACCAUUAUUUUGCGUGUCUCAUUAUAUGAAUGUCUAACCUUCAUCGACUUAAUGAUAGAUUAACUUACUGUCGUGAAAGCACUGCAACAGUCUAGCAAGUGACGACAAUUAUAACCUGCGCAAGUGUUGGUACAGCUCUCUAGUAUGCAACAUCAAUGUUUAUGGAUCUUUCUGUGACGAUGAUUCGUUUCUAGACACCAGAAGUUCUUCUGAAGAUCAUUUUUAUAUUCGUAGACUAAGAGUGUGUGAUAUGGGAUUGUACGAGUAGUAUGUAUAGACUUUAGUACCUACUGUAUAAAUGUAUUCUAUGGCUGAUAGAGGAGUCUCUAAUAAUUGUAGAUUAAUUGUUCCAUGAUGUAUUUUCCUAGG